CUACUGUCGCCAGACGCGCUCGCUGUUUUUAUACCGUGAAAAUUGAAGGAAAUAUUCAUUAUUAAACGUAAACGAACACAAGAUUUCCGCCGGAUAGUUAUUAACCCGUAAGUUUCGAUAAAAUUAAAGAAAUCCAUGUGUAUUUCAACUAUUGGACAAGUGCGUUUGGAAAUAUAUAUCAGUGAAAACGUUGAGUGGUUCGUUCGUUUCCCAGACAGUUUAAGGUUUUUGUGAUAGAGCCAUCUUGAAUAGGAUCGGCUUGCUCGUGGACGGACGUUAGAAGUCAGGGCUGUGUUGAGGCGGCAAUGGCAUUCCUUAUAAAUUCAGUCACUUUACCGCCGAAUUAUAAUUUUUUUUAGCUGCAUACAACGUCGCCGCUUAUCCUCCAUCUGUUAAACGUCUCAUCUAAUAACCACCGGACAUAAAUUAGUUGUACGAGGGACUUUUCCAUACACCAUUCCAUCAAAAUGGAAGGAGGCGAUGGCCCUGCAGCCAUAAAUAAAAAUCCUGCUGCUAUAAAAGUGGCGCAAGAGGAGAUGGGAAAGUUAGACGUGCUGGUAUGUGGACAAUGUCACUCUGUCUUUCACUUUAUUGAAGAAUUCCAGGAGCAUCGCAGCAGUGAAGAUGCCUGCUCCAAAGUAUCGCAUUUUCGGGAAAACAGCAACAAUGAACAAAAGGCACAAGUUUGGGCUUUUCUGCUCUGGAAAGAUUCACAGAUACAGCAGGAGAGCACUGACCGGGAUACAGCAAAUUCUUGGAAGUUAUACCAAAAAUGGUGUAAAAUGGAUACACAUAUUAGAGAUUCUUGGAUCGCAGCAGGAAAAACUAUUCAGACAUUUACAAAAAUAAGUAACGCUAAAAUGCAAGAGGUAUCCGUACGUCAACAAACUAGCGUGAAUACUGAAGGAAUGAAAAGGAUGGUGGUCCGCAAAGUGAUCCGCAAUGGACAACCUGAUGAAAUCGUAGAAAUUAAAAAAGAAAUGACUAAACCUGUGGAAACAAAGACCUUGAUAAGAACUUUGGAACAAAUAGAAACUGAACAAGAUAAAAAGGAGCCGUCAAAGCCUAAGCCUUCCUUGAAGCGCAAGAUGAGACCAGCUAAACUGCCUGGCGAAGAAGAGGGAGAUACAAGCGAUGAGGAAUAUGUUGUUGAAAGAAUUCUGGCUAAACGAUUUAAUCCCAAGAAAAAAUGCUACGAGUAUCUCCUAAAAUGGGAAGGAUUUGCACUCGAGCACAAUACUUGGGAACCAUCUGAGAAUAUGGAAACAUGUAAACAUCUUCUAGAAGAGUUUGAGCGAAAUCUUGCCAAACAGAAAGAGCUGAAGGCAGCACAACAACAAGCCGCAGCACUGAAACCAAUCGUACGACAAGUUGGAAGUGGUCUUAAACCGUUGGUUAAACCAGAGGCUGGAAAACCAGGCCCAAGCACGGCAGCACAAGUAACAAGACCUAUGCGUUCCAGUAAAUCAAAGGCAAUGGACCAAGUCAAGCAAUGGUGCGGGUCGAUGAAAGACGAAGAUAAUGAUGUUCUUGGGAAACGGCGUAUCGCCUUUUCAGACAGCGAAUCUGAUGAAGGAGGAAGCGUUAAUACAAAACGAAUGAAAACCGAUACUGCUAGCGAUGACGACUGGACUGGAGAUUCCGAAGAUGAUUCGAUGGGUCGCAGCGAUGUUAUCCAACAGGCUUUCAAUCGAGCAACUGCUCAACCCAAUGGAUCAAACCGUACUGUUGUAUCUGGAACCGACCUUGCAACUUCCUUGGGUUUGCAGUCUCCAGAAGCCCCAAAAUCCGGUCAAACUCCUGUUCUAGUGGCCAACGCUAAGGGCGUGGUCAAAGUAGAUCCGAAACAAAUGCCAAAUUUAACGUCUGGGGUUUACGUGAUGUCUCGAAAAGAUGGAAUAAUCAAAUUGGACUCAUCUCCAAGUGGCAAGAUGGGUGUAAAAGGGUCACCAGGUGCUCAAGGUGUUUUGAUGGUGCAAAAUCGUGAUGGUGGAAGCAUUGUACGCAAGCAAGUAAUAUCUGCCAACCAGCCAACUUCUACUAUAACUCCGGUAAAAGUUGUCUCAAAGCCUGAUGGCAGUCAAGUUGUUACUCAGAUGAAGAUAGUCUCUAAAGGAGCAUCUCCGAAAACAGGAAUGACGACUGUACAGAAACAAGAACCAAUCAAGAUUCAACCAAAGCCGGACGUUAACCAGUUGCAACAAAUUCACGUUGUUACCGCUGUUUCCAGUCCCAUGGGCUUGCAGCCUAGAAUCAGCACUGGAGUUCGCCCUAUGGGAACUCCACAACGUGGUAUAACCCGUCCUUUACUAGCAAGAACACCUGUACGAACUAACGCACCUGCUAGCAUACUUGGUUCCACACUUCGGGCUCCAGUUAGGGUGCCUGCACCCAAACAACUCCAAACACAGCAAGGCACUCGACAGAUACUUCAAAAACGUCCAUCGACUGGAACCAUUCAAAGCCCAAGUUCCGGGAACAGCACUGGUCCUGGAACAACUCAAAUGCGACCGAAGUAUACGGUAGUCAGUGCGCAAACGAAACCUUUGCAAAAAACUAUCGUUAGUCCUGUACAAGCCAAACAAGGAGUUAGACCGCCAUUGGCCAAACAACAGUCGCUACUCUCUCCACAACAAAAAUUAUUGAUGGCUAAGAAAAAGGCACAAGAAGCUGCAGGCAUACACAAACCUGCUCGAGGACUAUUGGCGGGAGCCCGGGGGACUCCAGGACGUGGAAGAGGAAGAGUUGGUGAUGCAGCGUCCGUAACACCAGGAAACAAACCCAAAGAAAGUAAGCUUGCAGAAGGAGACGGAUUACAUAUGGAAUUUCAUGAGGUUGGUUCCGAGGAAAGUAGCAGUGACGGUGAGCCGGAACCUUCUCUUGAUUCAGGACCAAUCCCUCCUAUUGAACCCGAUAGCCCGCCACGUCCCUUCACACUCUGUCCUCUGACAGGUCGCAUCGUGGGUCCGGAUGGCGAGCCAGUGGAACAGCCUACGGAACAAGCAGAGCAGCCCACUCCGGUCAUGCAGCAAACUACUGGAGACUCAGGUGCUACAGUUACUGCGGGUGGGGCUGAAACUUCCAACGAUGGUGCAGAUGCGACAACUUCGUCGACUACAGAACUGGUUUUACCGUCGCUCGAUUCUCUUACCGAAGGCAAUGGCAUUAUGAGGGUAGAAAUGAGCCCAGGUGGCACGACGGGCACUAUUGUCCAGACUAGUGAAGCGGCGCAAAUUAACCUAUCAAAUGUAGCUGUUGCUGCUCCAGACCUUCCUUGUCUGGAUGACAGUGCUCCUCCCGCUGUUACGGCAACGACUACCUCUGCUUCAACUUCGUUGACAGAAUCAACGCUAUCAGUAACCGAAACAGCUACAAUCACUACGUCUCUGACAACAUCUUCAACAACUACCGCCACUACUGUAGCUUCUGCCUCAGUUUCUGCGGAUGUUAUAAAGACUGAGGAUAAACUUAGUGAGGAAAAAGGCAUGGUGGAAGAUACUUCCAGCCUGGUCACCAUCACCAGUGAAGAUGGUGUAGUUUAUCAAGUAGCUGGUCAAGCCGAAGAUGGGCAGACUUUGUUAGUUACUCAAGGUGCUGAUGGUGAACAGCAAUGUGUUUACGUUACAACCGAACAACAAGGUGAUGACGGUUCUGUCUUGACGCUCGACCAUGCAGUUGCGGAAGCUGUAGCUCACCUUAUGCCAGACCAAGUGAAUCUCACACCUCAGUUCUAUGUAAAAGAGGGAGAUGCUGAGUCUUCCGAAAACCAAAUGGUAGUGUCUAUUAUGGAUAGUAAUAACUCAGCUGUUGCAGCUGGGCAAGAAGAUUCUGACGGGCAGGCACAAGUCGUUGCUCAAGUUGUACAAGCUGAUGAUCCUACGCCAGGUGGGACUCGGAGAGUAGUACUUUUAUUGCCGGAUGGUCAUCUGAUGAUGACAGAAGUGGACGAAGAGCAGUAUGCUGCCUUGGAACUAGACAAGUGAAUGGAUAUUGUCAUCAAUGAAGAGAUGAAAAAUUUGAGACCCUGCAUUGUGUUACACCUUAGAACCACUUUUGAAGAAAGGGUAACCGUUGGUUGUACAUAUGUAGAAACGUUCACUUCGUACGAUAUGAAGUAUGAAAAGACUUUUCGAUUGAUCAGGCAGAUUUAAAUAGAAUUGUGUGACUGGAGUUUUGUAAAAACAAUUAUCAAGUAAGAUAAUCUAGGAGAUAGAUUUAACUGAUAUUAUGUUCUAGCAGUUCAUGUCUCAAUGUGUAACGGUACUUGCUAUAACGCUUGCAUUUCGGAUGUUUUAUGUAUAAACAUACAACUGCGUCUGGUGUUAAGCAAAUAGCAUUUUAACAUUAUUAUUAUCACUAUAUCUAUAAGUUUGCAAAACACUGUAUUUUGUAGGCUAGCAAAGUAUACACUGGGAUUUUUGUAUUUACCGUAUUAUCUUCGUCUUAAACACCAUUUGUACGCGUAGAGAAUUUCAUUUCAUUUUUUUUUCCGGUGUAAUUAAUAUGUAUAUAAUACAUGGCAUAGUUACAUCUUUUGUUUUGGUCUAGAGAACCAUCAAAUAACUAGGACUCAACGAUAACAAAAUGGUAUGAAACCACUUUUAACCACUAGACAAGUUAGUAUCAUAUGCUUAAACUUGAUUUAACUGAUAGUGAAAAUGACUCCGUCAAUACAAAACUCAUCUACAACUGAACCAGGGAAAUUUGAACAAUGCCAACUUUAGAUAAAAUAUUCAACUACAACACACAAGUUUUUCCAAUGCAAGCAUCAAAGCUCAGACGCACAACUAGUAAGUGACUAUGUUUUCUGGCCACAAAUCGGACUGCGUACACUUUUUGGUUUGGUUGAAAAUAGAACUUGUAGUCCCAAUAUUCCUUCGAUAGUUUUUGAGAAUUAUUUUUGGUACAAAAAUGAUGAACUUAAUUCAGCAUUGUACCAAAUUUACACUUCUGCAGUAUACUUAGAAAACUCUAUGAUUAUAUUAAUCUAUAGCAAUAGUGUUGAAUUGAAUUCACAAAAAAAAAUAAUAUUUGAACGUUUACUCAAGUAUUUUUAUCUAGAAUCAUACUUGACUCACAGUUAAAUUUAGCUUAAGCAUACCAUGAGCAGUUUUUGGUCAAGUUUUUUGAUGGUAAAUUUAAAUUUGAUUAUCGUUUGAAAAUAAUUAAAUUGAAUAUUCUCCUAUUAUAAAAUCCUAGUAUUUUACUUUUAUGACUCUUCUGUACAUAAUAUCACAAUACAUCUUUAUAUAGCAAUUGUUUUCGAAUAAACAAUAUCUACAAAAUCAA